AUGACCAGAACUGACCAUCUUUACGUGCAGCUCUUCUCUACGCCGGAAUUAUCAGCAGCCGGAACAUCAUAUAUUCGCUCGGCAUACCUUUUAUUACAAAGAUUUGACGACCGUACGAGAAGCUGGACGGGGCUUGGAAAUUUGAUGGUGUCUUGGAUAUCACUAUUAGACGUGAAAUCCCUAAUAGCUGGUCGUGAUGGUGAUCCUCUUCUUGAACUUGGGAAUAUCUCCGAUCAAGGCCUAUGGUCAUACCCUAAGUCACUGGAGACACAAGGCUUGCAUGCCCCCCGAACAGUGUCGACCGAGGAACGAAAGGAGGAUGAUGGUGCAGAGGACCAAUUUCGCAGUCCAAGCUAUCUGGUCUACGAAGCAAUUGUGGGCCCAGCAUCCCGGUUCUUCGUACAAGCACAGCAAGUCGUACGACGCAUCGUCUCAAUCGAUCUACAUCAUCGCAGUCGAGGGACGCUCAGCGAUGAGUUCGAAGUCCUUCAAAUAGCACACAAAGUUGGGGCAGAUCUCGAAACACUCUGGCACCGCAGGCCCUCGGUGAUAGAUGUCUACGGACAUCCCGAGGCAUUAUCAGAUACACUCUGUGCGCCUGUAGCCCUUGAAGUCUGUCGUACUUUCCGGCAGUACGUAGCCAGCUUCUUGGCGAAUUUUAUUUAUUUACACCGAGUCGCAUUUGCCAUCUACCCCCGCACUGAGCGUGUCAACGGUGCCGUGAACCAAAUUAUCCAAUUGGCCACCGUUGAGUCGGCUGGUACUGACCAAGGGCACCUCCCUGUCAGUUUUCUCUGGCCGUUAUUUAUUGCUGGGUUGGAAGGUUCCCAAGAACAGCGCCAGUGGGUGUUCCAAGAAAUGCAACGCAUGGCAUCUGCCCAUGAGAACGAACAAUCCACGCCUAUUGCUCGUCAUCCAUCUGCUGAUAAGGUUCUUCUGUUACUGGAGGAAAUGACUCGUCGGCAAGAUGCUUCACGUACCUGGGCAGAUUCACGGUGUGUCCGGCGAGAAAUAUUCUCAGACUUUUUUAUCAUGAUUUGA